AGACGUUUGGCUAAGUUCCUUCUUGAACGUCGCUCAUGGAGGCUUCGCCCUUGUCAGUCGUGUAGUGUAGUGUGGUAAUGUUUGUACACUUAUUAAACUACUGACACCAUGCCUGUGGAGAGCCUGCCAGUCCGGGAUGCGUCCAUUCAUUUCCGUUUACUUCAUCAGUAUCUGUUUCUCCUGAAGAAAUACCCCAUCCUCACUAAGUCUGUGACCAGUGGCAUCCUCUCAGCUUUAGGAAAUCUUCUGUCUCAGAUUUUGGAGGCAAGAAAAAAGGCCAAGAAUGGAGUCCAGGUGAACGAGAUCGACACAGCUGGAGCGGCACGCUAUGCCGUUUAUGGGUUGUUUAUUACAGGACCAUUGAGCCACUACUUUUACCAGCUGAUGGAAGUGUGGAUGCCCAGCACAGACCCGCUAUGCAUAGUCAAACGUCUGCUACUGGAUCGGCUUAUUUUUGCCCCUGGCUUUCUGCUCAUUUUCUACUUUGUUAUGACCGUCCUGGAGGGUAAAGGGUGGAGAGACUUUGAAAAGAAGAUGAGAGGAAGUUACUGGACUGCUUUAAAGAUGAACUGGAAAGUGUGGACUCCCUUCCAGUUCAUCAAUAUCAACUUUGUGCCUGUUCAGUUCCGAGUGCUGUUUGCCAACAUGAUCGCCUUAUUUUGGUACGCCUACCUUUCAACUGUGAGGAAAUGAAGCUUCCCUAAAUCUCCUCACUGAAGACAAAUCUGGAGGCGUCAGCAUUUGUCUGUUUACUGUACUACUGUUGCUAAUCUGGACAAUAAUUCUCACAAACAGUAGCUCCUCUGAUUAAUUCCCUGUACAAUGAGUUUAAGCCAUUAUAACAUGCUGCUAUGAGAUACAUGACUGCGUUUGUAAUUACAGAACAUAAUAAAUGUGUUUUUUUACAGAGCACUACCAAAAUCUUGUAAGAUGUAAUAGUAAACCUUGAUUUAUAUGACUGAGAUAGUCAUUUAAUAAUCAGAAUUAUGUCAAUUUUAACACAAUGCUAAAAUGUGCCUCUCUGGUUAGUUGUGGUUUAGUCUGUACAGGGUGCAGCUGCACCCCUGAGUGGAGGAAAUGGUACUGCACAGGAAAUGAGAAGAGACAUGCAAACUUACAAUGAAAUUCUUUAUUUUUUUUAACAGUUUCCAGUUAACAAUUAAAACGUAUAUUUGUCAAAAUACGAUUAAAACAUACUUUGUUGUUUGUAAAAACUUUUGUAAUGCCAAAACAAAAUAAACAAAACAUUUUUAAGAUGUGAUGAAUUAA